AUGGAAGUAAAUUUGCUCUAUCUGACAGUGCUGAUUUCAAUUCUUGCCUAUGUUUAUCGUUGUAUAACGGAAAACAAAAACUAUUUCCGCGACAAACCAAUUCCUUCGCUCGACGUAAAACCAAUUGUGGGAUCAACAGCGCCGCUGCUGCUCAAGCAGGUCACUUUUCAGGAUUUCAUUCACUCCAUAUACAAUAAAUUUCCCAAUGCAAAGGUCUUUGGAAUGUUCGACACCACAACCCCAAUAUACGUCAUUCGUGAUCCGGAACUGAUUAAGCGAAUCUGUGUGAAAGAUUUUGACCAUUUCGUGGAUCACCGACCGGCGUUCGGGAACAGCGAUGAGAUCGCCAAUCCGCAAGGGCUUUUCACAAAUUCCCUGUUCGUCCUGAAAGGACAGCGUUGGCGCCAUAUGCGAGCAACGGUUAGUCCAGCUUUUACCGGUAGUAAGCUGCGAUGGAUGCUUCCACUGAUGGAGGAGUGCAUCGAGGCGAUGGUUCGACACUUGAGAACGGAGCUGAAACGGACGGGUUCCAUAGAGGUGGAAGUGAAGGACGUUCUGUCGCGGCUAGCAAUGGACGUGAUUGCUUCCUGUGCCUUUGGGGUUAAAGUGAAUUGUUUUGAAGAUCCUGAGAAUGAAUUUUUGCGGCAUGCCAGUAAAAUGAUGGUUUUCGGUAGGCCGAUUGUUUUGUUGAAAAUGAUGAUCUUCCGGUGGUUUCCUACUUUUGCCCGACUGUUGGGUAUCGAUAUGAUCGAUAAGGAACAGGCGAGGUACUUUUCCGAACUCAUUAAAGAUAUGGUAAAAACACGUGAGAGUAAAGGGAUUGUCCGACACGAUAUGAUCGAUUUGCUGCUGCGAGUCAGAAGAGAAGCGUUGCAACAACAUCAGGACAGGGAAGUUCGAGAGAACUCGGAGAAGGGUAAAGUUCAACUGCCGAAAAUGAUAACCGAAACUGAAAUGAUUGCCGAAUGUAUGAUGUUUUUGUUCGGUGGAUUCGAUACGGUGGCAACGGCUAGCACUUUUCUUAUUUAUGAACUGAUUCGGAAUCCCGAAAUUCAAGAAAAACUGUACGAAGAAAUCUUGGAAACGGAAAAGUCUCUGAAUGGCAAACCUCUAACGUAUGAAACGCUGCAAAGUAUGAAAUACAUGGACAUGGUCGUAUCAGAAUCACUUCGCAUGUGGCCGUUAGCACCGGCAAUCGAUCGGAUCUGUGUUCAAGAUUACGUGGUGGAUGACGGCGUAGGUCCCCGGUUCACCAUAGACAAGGGAACGUGCAUUUGGCUUCCUGCUCAAGGAUUGCAUCACGAUCCGCAGUACUUUCCCGAUCCCGAACGCUUCGAUCCGGAGAGAUUCAGCGAUGCCAAAAAAGCCGAAAUCAAUUUGGAUGCCUAUCUACCGUUCGGUAUAGGUCCGAGACAUUGCAUUGGACUGCGGUUUGCCCUGAUGGAGCUCAAAGCGUUCAUCUAUCAUUUGUUGCUGAAUUUCUCCUUCCAACGGAGCGGCAAAACCAAGAUUCCGAUUGAGCUUAAGAAGGGAUUCAUCGGGCUUACGAUUGAAAUAGAAAUGUUUGUUCAGUUACAGUUGCGAAAAUGA